UAUAUUUGAUAUUUUUGAAGUAAACCAGUGUGUGCGAGAAGGAGUGUUCUAUAAAGUUACCUUGGCCUUGACAUGCUGAGGGAUCGUUGUCGUAUAUCCAAGUAGUACGACGAAAAAAAAGAAGGAAAAAAAUGGCGUCAUCUUUUUGCAUAACAGCGAAGGAAAAGGAAUUAAUAAGCUUAGCAUUUCAACGUUAUGAUCUUAGAUUCAAAAAUUUUGGAAACGAUGACCCGAUCGAGACCACGGAUUUCCACGAUCAUGAUCGUAGUGUUUUAUCCAAAUACACGAGAGAGUGCUUGAGCUAUGGGCUUUUCAAGAGCGAACAUAAUGGACGUUUCACGCCUAAACAAGAGCCUUUGAAUCUUUUAAAGAAAUUAUUCCGUUUUGAUGAUUACAAAGAUUUAAUGUCCGUUUCCGUGAAGAAAAGAUUGAAGAGGAUGAAACGGGAAGAGAGAUUGCCGUGGGUCAUUGAUUUGCUGUUCGAAUACCAUCGUCGUCACGAAUGCUCCAUGUUUGUAGCACUCGCCAUUAAACUUUCCUUGAGAGCUUUUCAGUUGUAUUCUGACAGUUAUUCUGAAUCACUAUUGAUGUCUCAUGUGGGAGCCUCUCGUAGUCUGUCUUACAAACUACGAGAUUACUUGAGAAUGGUUGAGAAAUAUAAGUGCGAUGGAUUACUUGUGGCCACCGUUAUGGAAGUGCUGUGCUCCACCCUUGAACAUAAGCAAUUCUUUUUCAAAUCUGUGCUCGAUCUAAAGUAUGUGUUCGAAAGUAUUCAGAAGACUGCUGCAAGACUGCCAUUCCAUCUUAAUGAAAAGGAACAAGGAAUAUUUAAUUGUUUUGAUUUGUGCCUCAACUUUAUGUUGCCAAAAUUUGUGACUUUAGUUACAUUCGGUGCUACCAGCAGUUACACUAAAGAAGAUUGGGAUAUUUUAAAGUGGAGAGGAAUUGACUGUCGUGAAAAUAUGCUGAUAAAUGAAGAUCCUAAAAUGCCUGUCUAUGGACACAGAAGCCUCCGCUUAACUCAAAUGGCUCGUUUGUUCCUAAAACGUCAAUCAGACAGACACACUUCUGAUGAGGCAACGUUUGUUCUGAAGCUAUUGUGGGCAUCCAUUCCUGAACCGUACAUUACAGAAAAGGAUGUGACAUAUUAUUUGAGAGAGCCUAUUCAAGUGAUGUUUGUGUUUGACAGAAAUUGUGACAGACCUUAUAACCUCUACCGCACUUCCAAAGAUUACCCAGACACCCCCGCUGCUGAAGCCAUGUAUAGAAAGACAUUGACUAUGGAUCCAAUUGUAAGUGAUUCAAAAAUACAUCACGUAGAACGUACGCCGCAGGCUGCGACAGUCAUCAAAGCCUGGCAGUGGUUCAAAGAAGUUGUAUUAGGCGGAGAUAGCCCUGUCAGUUCACCAAGAAGUUUGCAGCAUUUAUGCAGGUGUACCAUCCGCCUACCUUUGGCAAAAAAUUUCCUACUUCCAAAAAGUGUUCAUUUGCUUAAUAUCCCGGAUGGAAUUAAAAAUUAUUUGUUGUUGACAGACUGUGGUAACAAUCCAUAUGACUGGAACAGUAAUAGCAACAUAAGAGCGUCCUAAGGAGUCACACCUAUAGUAACUUCCCCUGUAUUAAUUUAGGAAAGGUUGCGGAGAUGCUAGGUAUUAAAUGCAACUAUUAUACAUUGUGUUUAUUUAAGAUAUGUAAUGCAUUUCCUGUAAAAGAGUCACAUUUGUGGUAAAUUCUCAUGUAAUAAUUUAAGAAAGGUUGCGGAGAUGCAAGGUAUUAAAUGCAACCAUUAUACAUUACGUUUAUGUAAGAUAUGUAAUACAUUUUCUGUAUAUUCAUUAAAUAUUUUUUUUAAAAAAAGUUGUAAGGGAUUAUGAAAACAAUUUUGCUGUUGCUUUGUUUUAUUUAUCAAUGAAGUUUUAACCUGCUUACCAUGGA